ACUCCACUAACACUCGAACACUCGAACGGAUAGAGGAAUGGAAGCCAUGGCGCGAGCUUGGCUCCAUUCGAGGAGCACAAGUGCAGUGGCUUGUGCCGUAAAGAGCGUCGAAGGUGAGAGUUACCGAGUUGAACUUCCAGAUAAGAAGCGGAACUCGAGGGUUCUGGUUUUGGGAGGAACGGGUCGGGUUGGUGGGUCCACCGCCAUUGCUCUUAACAAGCUCUGCCCAGAUCUUCGCAUUGUCGUUGGAGGCAGAAACAGGGAAAAGGGUGCUGCCAUGGUUGGAAAACUGGGGAAGAACUCCGAGUUUUCUGAAAUCAACAUUGAUGAUGCGGAUUCACUGCAAGCAGCUUUGAGUGAUGUGGACCUUGUCAUUCAUGCUGCAGGGCCCUUUCAAAGGGCAGCAAAGUGCACUGUAUUGGAAGCUGCUAUAGAGACCAAGACAGCAUAUAUUGAUGUUUGUGAUGAUACAAGCUAUGCUCUGCGUGCAAAAUUAUUCAACAAUAGAGCACUGGCUGCAAAUAUUCCCGCCAUAACAACUGCUGGGAUCUAUCCAGGAGUGAGCAAUGUGAUGGCAGCGGAGCUAGUUCGAGCUGCUAGAAGUGAAAGCAAGGGGGAGCCUGAGAGGCUAAGGUUCUACUACUACACGGCUGGCACAGGUGGUGCAGGUCCAACAAUUUUAGCCACCAGUUUUUUACUUCUUGGAGAAGAGGUGGUUGCAUUUAACAAAGGGGAAGAAAUCAAACUAAAGCCUUACAGUGGAAUGCUGAACAUUGACUUUGGAAAAGGGAUUGGCAAGAAAGAUGUUUAUUUAUUGAAUUUGCCGGAGGUUCGCACUACUCAUGAGGUCCUUGGAAUACCGACCGUCAGUGCCCGAUUUGGAACUGCACCAUUCUUCUGGAACUGGGCAAUGGAAGCCAUGACAAAUCUUGUUCCUGUGGAAGUUCUGAGAGACAGAAGCAAAGUCCAACAGUUGGUUCAAUUGUUUGACCCUGUAGUAAGAGCAGUGGAUGGGAUUGCUGGAGAGCGAGUGUCUAUGAGGGUUGAUUUGGAGCAUACAGAUGGACGGGACACCGUUGGCAUAUUUAGUCACAGGAGGCUAUCUGUAUCAGUAGGUGUGGCAACAGCUGCCUUUGCUCUUGCAGUUCUUGAGGGAAGCACACAGCCUGGGGUUUGGUUUCCGGAAGAGCCUGAAGGAAUUGCAAUUGAGGCGAGGGAACUUCUUCUCCAUCGUGCAUCACAAGGAACGAUAAAUUUCGUAAUGAACAAGCCAGCGUGGAUGGUGGAAACAAAUCCGAAAGAGUUUGGACUUGGAAUUUACAUUUGAGAAUCCUUGGGAGGAAGACAAACUAUGGUUUGACUUCUGCACUACAUUGCAGAAGCAAAAGGUUCAGAGUUUUCCCAGAACUGGAUAUUCUUUAAUUCUUAGUUCAAACAGUGAAACAGAUUUCUACACCACUGAGCGAUUGAACAGGCUUUACAGGACAUGGAUGCUGCUUGUUUUUCAUAUGAAAAUGAGGAAUACGAUGUAAAUUUUAGUUUAACUACAUUCACAAAGCAGUUUUUACUGGUAAUUGUUUGAAGAACAUGUAACAAACCAUUCUCAAUGAGCAAUGGUUAAAUAUUUUUCUUCUCA